AUGAAACUUAUCCCGGUUUUAUUAUUUUCAUUUUUGGUUACCUUGAUUCAAGCAGAAUCAACCACUCAUACGUAUUGGUUUAAUGCUGAAUGGGUUACCGCAAACCCUGAUGGAUGUUUUGAAAGACAAAUGAUUGGAUAUAAUGGUACUUGGCCAUGGCCAACCCUUAGAGUUAAAAAAGGUGAUCGAAUUCAAAUGUACUUAACCAAUGGUCUUGGAAAUCAAAACACUUCCAUGCAUUUCCAUGGAUUAUUUCAAAGAGGUACUAAUCAAAUGGAUGGUGGUGAUGAAAUUACUCAAUGUACAAUUCCACCUGGUGCAACUUAUUUAUAUAACUUUACUAUUAAUGGUAAUGUUGGUUCCUAUUGGUAUCAUUCCCAUACUGUUCAUCAAUAUGGUGAUGGGAUGAGAGGAUUACUUGUUAUUGAAGAUGAUGAUUUCCCAUAUGAGUAUGAUGAAGAAGUCAUUUUAUCAAUUGGUGAUCAUUAUCAUGAUGAAAUGCAUGUACUUGCUGAAGAUUUUUUGAGUAGAUUUAAUCCAACUGGUGCUGAACCAAUUCCUUCCAAUUUAUUAAUGAAUGAAACUAUGAAUGUUACUUGGAAAGUUGAACCUAAUAAGACUUAUUUAGUUCGUCUUUAUAAUAUUGGUGGGUUUGUUUCUCAAUAUCUUUGGAUGGAAGAUCAUCAGUUCACGGUGGUUGAAGUUGAUGGUGUUUAUGUUGAAAAGAAUACAACUGAUGUGCUUUAUAUGACCUCGGCUCAACGUGUUGCUUUCUUGCUCACUACCAAGAAUGAGACUGAUAGGAAUUAUGCAUUUAUGCAAAGAUUUGAUUUAACUAUGUUGGAUGUUAUCCCUGAAGAAUUGUAUUUGAACAGAACUAAUUGGAUUGUUUAUAAUGAAGAUGCAGACUUGCCUGACGAAUAUCGUGUUUCUGAAGAAUAUUUGUUGAAUGCCCAGGAUGACUUUUAUUUGAAACCAUUAUCUAAAUUAAAGAAUUUUGGCGAUCCUGAUUAUGUUGUUACUGUUGAUGUUCAAAUGGAUAAUUUGGGUGAUGGUAUAAAUUAUGCUUUCUUCAAUAAUAUUUCAUUUGUUUAUCCUAAAGUCCCAACCUUAUUAACCGUCCUUUCUGCCGGUGAACAUGCUACUAAUCCAGUAAUUUAUGGUAGUAAUACAAAUACAUUUGUUCUUCACGGUGGUGAUGUUAUUGAUAUUGUUGUGAAUAACUUGGAUACUGCUAAACAUCCAUUCCAUUUACAUGGACAUCAUUUCCAAUUAAUUGAAAGACAUCCUGAAAUCCCUGAACCUUUAGAACCCGUUAGGUUUGAUCCAGAAGAUCAUGCAGAAUGGCCGGAAUAUCCAAUCGAUAGAGAUACAGCCUUUGUUGAAUCCCAAUCAUAUAUGGUUUUAAGAUUCAAGGCUAAUAAUCCUGGUGUUUGGUUCUUCCAUUGUCAUAUUGAAUGGCAUAUUGCUCAAGGUUUGGUUAUGGUGUUUGUUGAAGAUCCUGAAGCUAUUCAAAACGAAGCAAGUCAACAACUUACUGAAAACCAUAAAGAAAUUUGUAGAUUGAGUAAUUAUUCGCUUGAAGGUAAUGCUGCUGGUAAUUCCAAAGAUUUCCUUGAUUUGACUGGUGAAAAAGUACAAGUCGGUCCAUUACCUCCUGGAUUCACCGCCAGAGGUAUCGUUGCUCUUGUGUUUUCAUGUAUUGCUGGUAUUUUGGGUAUUCUGGUUAUUUCUUACUAUGGUUUGCUGGAAAUCAAGGAUGUUGAAAAGAAGGUUUUGGAAGAUUUGGAUCUUGAUAUGAGUGGUGCUGAAUCAAGUGAAGAAGAUCAUGAUCACCCAUCUUCCUCACACUCUUCUUCCAGCGGACAUAAAUAG